AUGGUUGGAGCAGCUCUGUCUGAUCUGGAGUUCGUGGCUCAAUCUAUUAUCUUUAUUUUUGCUGGCUACAAGACCACUAGCAGUUCUCUUUCCUUCCUUAUAUAUAUUUUGGCCAUUCACUGUGAUGUCCAGCAGAAGCUGCAGGAGGAUAUUGAUGCGACUUUCCCCAAUAAGGCACCUCCCACCUAUGAUACCCUGGUACAGAUGGAGUAUCUUGAUAUGGUGUUGAAGGAAUCUCUCAGACUAUUCCCAAUUGCUGGUAGAAUUGAGAGGGUCUAUAAGAAAAAUAUGGAAAUCAGUAGGGUGUUCAUUCCCAAAGGAACAGUGGUGAUGGUUCCAACUUUUGCUCUUCCCCAAGCCUCAGAGUUCUGGCCAGAGCCUGAGGAGUUCCAUCCUAAAAGGUUCAGUAAGGAGAACAAGGACAGCAUAAAUCCUUAUCUAUACCUGCUCUUUGGAACUGGACCCCGAAACUGCAUUGGCAUGAGGUUUGCUAUCAUGAACAUGAAACUUGCUGUCAUCAGAAUGCUGCAGAACUUCUCCUUCAAACCUUGUAAAGAAACACAGAUCCCCCUGAAAUUAGGCCCUCAAGGACUUAUUCAACCACAGAAACCCAUUGUUCUAAAGGUUGAAUCCAGAGAUGGGACCGUGAGUGGAGCCUGACUCUCCCUAAGGACUUCCAUUUUGUUGUUCGAGGAAGCUGUAUCCCAGCACACCAGAGACCUCAGUUUACUUUGUGAAUAAAACCCAGAAUGAAGAUGGGCUUAACUGACUGCACUUGAUGGAUUCCUAUGGAUUGUUACAUUCCUUGAGCUUUCUCAGUGUCUACAUAGAGAAUCAUAUGUUGUGUGAUAUAAGGGAGGGGACUAAGUAAGUGCAAGAUAUGUGAACUCAGCUUAUCUUGUUCUCACAGGACGAUCUCCAUCCACCCCAGUUAGUACCAUCUACUCUUCCUGAGCACUAAUCAAGAAUAAAAGUUUCUCGAUGAUUUUAUCAGCAAAUUUUAAUGAAAACAAGAAUUAUUGUGUUGAGUAUGGUAGAGACAUUUAUAUCACAUGUUCAUUUUGAAUAUUCUAUGAAAUAUUAUAUUGAGCAGGUCAAUAAACAUCUGUUUACAAAA